AGCUGUUGGUUUCGUUCGAUCACGAAUCCCUCCAUUUGAAGCGAAUUUCUUUCAGUAAGGAGAAGCAUCACCAGAUACCGUGCAUCGUUUAAUGCUCUAAUUUUCGUGUUUUGUACCUGGAAUUACGCUCGUUCAAUGUUCAAAAUAAAGCAUAACCGUUUAAUCUAAACGAAAAUGCUGUUGUGAUAAAGAAUUGAACGCAGAAUUGUGUAAAUGCUUCUGCGCAUCUCAACAAAAAGCAUUUCGUUGUAGCAAAAGUAAGUAUCGCUGUAGCAGCGUAAGUGGGAGAGAGACAACGCCAAGAGGUCCCUGAUCAGUCAUCCGUGUCAAAGCGAGAGAUACCAAGCGGACAAACGAAAAAAAUCAACGGUAGUAAAACGAAAACCGUAGAUCACACAAAAGAAGCCUCCAUCAUAGUAGGCGGAAACAAUAGGUUCGAACCAACGACGAAAAACGCAAUAGCAGCAAUAUGGCCACUUUUCGGAUCCACGAAGACCUGGAAAAAGAGAACCGCGUUUUGUUGGCCAAAACCGGUGGAGCUGCGACUAAACAGCCACAGGUUCAACGGUCUACGUUUGGUGUGUUGAAUAAUGUGGUCGGAAACAAAAAUACGGAUGCACCAGCAGGUGGAGAAAAAGCGACUCUGAAGGAUCUUAAGAAUAAAAUCAAACCACUCGUGAACAACGCGAAAACUAAGCCUGAGGAAAAUAGCAUUACGGCGAAUCAGGCAAAAGCCGUGUUCAAACCCGUAGAGCCAUUUAAAACUUUCCAGGUGUAUGCUGAAUCAAAGGAAAACAUUGCCAAAGACGGCGCAGGUAUCAAAAAAGAUGAUUCCCUUGUAGAUGCCAAACGUGAACCGCUACAGGAGCUGAAAAAUGCCGAGCUACUCGAAACACCAAUGUCUGUUGGCGAAAGUUUCUCGCCAAUGUCGGUGGAUAAAUCGGUAACUUUGCUUGAAGCGGACAUUUCAUUGGCACCCCGCAAUGAUCGGGACCGCUUCUUCGAAGUGGAAGAAUACCAGUCGGACAUUCUGACGUAUCUGAUGGAAGCGGAAAAACGACACCGUCCGAAGCCAGCUUACAUGAAGAAGCAACCGGAUAUCAAUCACUCGAUGCGUACUAUCCUGGUUGAUUGGUUGGUCGAAGUCAGCGAAGAGUAUAGGCUGCAAGGCGAGACCCUCUGUUUGGCCAUUUCUUACAUAGAUCGGUUUCUCAGUUUCAUGUCGGUAGUGCGUGCCAAACUGCAGCUGGUCGGCACAGCUGCCAUGUUUAUUGCUGCAAAGUACGAGGAAAUCUACCCGCCAGAUGUUGGCGAGUUUGUGUACAUUACCGAUGAUACUUACACUAAAACACAGGUGCUACGCAUGGAGCAGCUUAUUCUCAAGGUACUGGGUUUCGAUCUGUCCGUACCAACUACGUUGGUAUUUACCACCGUCUACUGCGUAAUGAACGACGUACCAGACAAGGUGAAAUACAUGUGCAUGUAUCUCUGUGAAUUGUCACUACUGGAUGCUGACCCGUUCCUCACGUAUCUGCCGUCUAAGAUAGCGGCCGGUGCGUUGGCUCUCUCCCGCUACGCACUCGAUCUACCUAUUUGGUCCCGUAUGCUGGAAACCAACAUCAAAUAUCGGCUAGAGGAUUUGAAAGACAUCAUUCUCGAUCUGAAUAAAAUACACACGAAGGCUGAAUCCCUUGGACAGCAAGCGAUCCAAGAGAAAUUCAAAGGCAAUAAGUAUAUGCAGGUGGCAACUAUCCCUACGGCUGAGCUGUCGGAAGAGACAUUUGAUAAAAUGUGCAAAUCGUUGGUAGCGAUAGCAUCCGCUGCAGCAGAAACGGAAGCUGCCGAAGCGGCGGGUGCCCCCCUCAAUCAAAACGAUUCCGUGCGGGAAAUGAUGUCCUCAUUAUUGUUUGUCUGACAACGUACUCGCGCCGUGUAACAUGUGUCCCUGCGUCCUCCUGUUUUCACAUAGUCGUGAGCACAACAUGCAUCAAAAAGGCUUUUUUUUGUGUUUUUAUAGGUUUAUUGUUUUUUUUUUAGUAGCAUAACCCAUACCGACCGAUACUUAUUUGUAAUCUGUUUUUUCGCCGCGUAUUAUUUUGUCUUCGACUGUAUUUUUUAUUGUAAUCGAAAGAGAAAAAAAACUGACGAUGUAAUAUUUAUGACAAACCAAACAAACCAUUCAACUAAAAUUGAAACUACUGGCCCCCUAUACGGAUCUGAGUAUUGGAAAGCGAAUAAUGUGGAUGCACACUCAAACAUUUCAUUCGAGAUAAGUGAACGAAGACAUUUUGUAGUUGUAAUUGUUAAUAUAAGGCAAUGCCAAUCGGACAACAGUGAAGUUAAUCUAAGAUAAACGUAAGCAUACAGUUAUGGUAAAUAUAAACUCGACUAACGUAAAAGACAACAGCCUCAUAAAAGAGAACACAAAAGUGUUGAAAAUUUUCGGACGAAACCAGUGUCGGAAUAGACGGUAAAAAGUACAAAUACCUGUACAUUUGAUGAAUUGACAAAACAGCCUAAUUGGAGGCGCUAUCUGUGUGUCUGGGAAUAUAAUUUUCUUCGCUGAAACAUCUGACCGGUUUAUGAUUUUUGAAAAGCUCUGAUUUAUUUGUUUAACUUCUCCGUUUCUGAUACUUUCGUAGAAGAAAGGGUCGCUCACGCUUCUUAUCAACCACUUCGAUUUCAUCGUGAAAAUUAAAAUGUGCGACAUUAAAGUAAUUUAGUAAAGUUUUCUUUUAUACUUGCCACCGUCGAACCUGCCUAAAAAUCAGCACCAUAACGUUAGAUUUUUAGCAGAAUUAAAGACUCAACACACAAAAAAAAAUCUGUUAGUGUAUAAAAACUUUACAAGUACGCUUAAGUACCUUAGCACGAUCACAACCAGGCGAGGUCGUGGCGAAGGUUUUUUUUAUUCUCGAAUGCAUAUAACUUGACAGUAGAUAAAAGUAGGCACCAGCAGUGAAUCCAUGUGUAGCAACUAGGAUAAUUAAGGAUUUUAACAAGCAAGUGUCAAUAAGCCAAGCCGAGAGUAUCAAAUAAAGUAAUCAUUCUUCUUUAUUA